AUGGCGAAUCGUGGUUACGACGUAGUCGUAGAUGUGGACGCCGAAGGUGAUUUGGGACACACCGACCUGCAGGAAGACCUUGAAUUCCACCCAUCAAACUUUGAGAAUGAUCAACGCAGCGCCAAGGUCCACGGCGAUUCGGCUCCAUUCCUAGGCGGCAGCUCUUCGCGCCGUCGCGACCGGUCUCCUGGCGGUACGCCGACGAAGCAUAGCUGGUGGUCACUCCACUACUAUGAACAAUAUUUUGAUGUGGACACGAAUGAGGUGUUCCGACGCUGCAUAGCCACACUGUACCCGCGCUCAAACUUUCUUGACGUUCUUGAAGGCAACGCCGACCUGUACGGUCCUGUUUGGAUUGCAACGACUGUAGUGGUCAUUCUGUUCCUCACUGGAACCAUAUCGCAGUGGCUUUCAAACAAUGAUAAGAAGCACUUUGAGUAUGACUUCACAUUACUGUCUGGCGCAGCAGGGUUGAUUUACGGCUAUACGGGAAUUCUGCCGAUUGCCUUGUGGGGAGCGCUUCGCUGGUUUGGCAGCUCAACAGCAGACUUGAUUGAGUGCUGGGCGCUGUACGGAUACUCAAACCUGGUCUGGAUUGGAGUUGCUCUUGUCAGCUGGAGUCCAUUGACCGCGCUGAACUGGGCGCUUGUUGGCGUUGGCUUUGCCUGGACCACCUUUUUCCUCUUGCGAAACUUGUAUCCUGUCUUGAACGCGACAGACGCAAAGGCAAGCAAGAUUUUGUUGAUCUUGGUCGUCGCUUUGCAUGCCGGCCUGGCCAUUGCUAUCAAGAUCCUCUUCUUUGCUCACGCAAGUCCGGUAUCCAAGAAGAACAAAGAGGGCGAGAAGCGGAGCAUGAUGCUAUGA